GUUCCUUGUCCGCACAUCGAUCAUGCUGAUUUUGGUCGAUACCUAUAGUGCCCUGUAGCCCACUACCCUGGAGAAUGUCUCUGCGUCUCUCUCGGGCCGCAUUCAAAGCCUCGAUCGGCGUCCAGGAACUCGGACAUCACCUCGUCCAAAGCAAACUCCCCUUUCCGCUCCAUUUCGGCCGGGAACUCGUAUCGCACUGGUCAGCUUUGACUACAUGGACACUCGACGAUGACUUGGAAGGGCUGAAAAGGGACGUGGGAAUCGACAAAAGUGUCGAAGUGGAGCUAGGGAAGAAAGGUAGAGGAUACUUGGACAAAGAGACCAGUAGAGUGUCCAUGCCAUUCGGACUGUUCAUCGAUGCGUUCCUUCUUAAUCGUAUUCCAUCUGGUUCUUCGGCGACGGAGAUUCCAUCAGCUUAUCUCGCUCAGUCAGAUAUACUUGACUCGUCACCUGGUUUAUUGGACCGAAUACCACCGCUUGAACAGUACGAAUCUGGACCUCAGGCAUCUCUCUACAGGCGAACGAUGUGGAUAGGUCCAAAAGGGAGUUUUACACCCUUUCAUCGGGACCCAUACCAUGGGAUAUACACGCAGAUCCUUGGGAACAAGACGUUUCACCUCGUACCGCCUUCUGCGGCGAAGGACUUGAAGCUCAGUACGAACCCAUUACAGAAGAACACCUCGACCGUUCCAUCACCUGUAUCAGAAUACUUUUCAACUCAAUCUCCUUCAGCUGAAGGCGAAAUACAGAUAGAGCGUAGAAGGGGCGAUCACUUAUCCGACACCACCGACGCCCUCAUAGAGGCACUGAGAUGCGACGGGUCUUGUGUGGCUCAACUUGGACCUGGACAGUCUGUACUCAUACCCGAGGGGUGGUAUCAUUCGGCGGAAGGUGGUGAUGGACCAGGUGUGGGCGUGAACGCAUGGUUCAGGUGAUGCCAUCGGCGUUGGGGUCUUGCGAUACGUUGCAAUACACGUAGACCCUGUUACAGAGCCUCGCACUCGAUCGAUGCUUGCUUUCGUUGUCACUGCUUGUAAAGUCAGCUUCAAACGCCUAUAAUCCGUUGCAACU